CUGAUGCUAACCACGCCUUCUUGGUCCUGCUAUUUCACCACCCACCAUUUUUGCUGUACAUACAGCAAAACAAGCAAAAGGGAGAGAAAGGAUCAGCGCAGAAUGGGGAAGACCGUGCUGGAAGCUAAAGUGGUCGAUAUUCAAAAGAGAAGAUAUCCCUCGAAGCAUUAUGUGUAUGUCAUUGAAGUUGUUUGGUCAGAAGGAACCCAGACACUCAUAUACAGACGAUACAGCAGCUUCUUUGAAUUUCAGUGUGGCUUACUUGCUAAGUUUCCAAUUGAAGCUGGAGAGAAGAAUCCUGCUGACAGAUGUAUACCAUUCCUACCAGGUAAGAUAAUAUGGGGCAGGAGUCAUGUUAGAAGUGUUGCUGAGAAGAGGAUGGGCCCUAUCAGUGACUACUGUCAGGCUGUGAUACGAUUACCAUCACAUCUAUCCCAAGACUCUUAUAUUCUUAAUUUCUUUGAAGUGAAACCUGAUGACAUCAACCCACAAGUGGCCAAGGAGGAGAAAUCCAAAAAGAAGGAGAGUGCCAAUGACAUCAGUGACCCAAUCCUAUUAGAGCAAUACACUGCCAUUGCUGACUAUAAGAAACAAAAGAACACUGAGUGCAGCCUUGCUGCUGGACAAGUUGUUGAAGUCAUUGACAAGAAUGAAAAUGGCUGGUGGUUUGUUCAUAUGGAUGAUCUUAAUGAAGGAUGGGUACCAGCCACUUACCUUGAACCAAUUUAUGGCCAGACUGAAGCCAACAAGUCAUUCAUGUUGGAUACACCAGAGACACACAUUACCACUAGCAAUUACAAAGCUAAGAAUCCUGAUGAGUUGUCCUUUGAGAGAGGAGUCAUUGUUGAAGUCUUUGAAAAAGGAAUGGAUGGAUGGUGGAAAGCUAAGUACUUGGAUAAAGAUGGGUUUGUACCAGCAUGUUACUUAACUAGGUACUAUGGGACAGUGAAUGAUAUCUCAGCUGGUGGACCAAUACAAGUGGUAUCCACAGCACAAGAGGCUGUGACUUCGACUCUAAAACCAGCAAACUCUUCAGCUCCUAAGCCUCAACGCUCACCCUCUCCCAUCAAAUCCAACAAACACUUUCCUUUUCCUCUCAAACCUGGCGUGGAUCCUUAUGCAGAAGAGCCAAUUUAUGCACCUACUCCAAGAAAAGAAAUGAUCAAGAGAGCUGAUAUUCGUAAAGUACCUCCUCCAGUCAUUCAGAAGCCAAUGCUAAAGAAAGGAUCUAAGCAGCAGCUAGGAAAGUCCUCUUCUUUUUCUGACCCUGAUGACGAUGCUUAUACUGAAAUAGACGAUUUUGUGAAGCCCACAGCAACCAAAAACGGAAGUCAAGAGGAUGAGGAUGACGAGGAUCCUCAUGAUUAUGAAAUGAUGAGUGAGCACUAUAUGACGAUUGGUGACUUCACUGCAGGCAUUGGAGAUGGACUCAGUUUCAAGUCUGGCAAGGAGGUCUCUGUCAUAACCAAGAACCCUUCGGGCUGGUGGUACGUUGAAAUGGACUCACAGGAAGGCUGGGUCCCCUCUUCUUAUCUCGAGAAGGUUUAUAGUCCUUCGAGUAUCGGACAAAAAGCAAACGAGAAAGCUAAAGAGACACCAGCAGUAGCAAAACCUCCUGAAGUAAAGAAGGUAUUAAAAAGCCCGCCAGUCAAGCAAAGAGGAGGAGGAGUUAAUGAUAGCAAACCUGCUCCCUCUGGUAUCAAGGCGAAAUUAAAAGAGACUUCUUCAGUACCACUAGAGUCUCAUAAGCCAUCAGUGGCUGCUAGACCAGUCAAGUCACCUGUUAAACCGUCAGUGAGUGCCAAGCCUAAGCCAGCCAUACCUCGUGUUGUGACUAAUGAUGCUACUGAUGGAGGGGACACUGGGCAGUCAUCAGUGGCUGCAAUGGCUGCUGCACUCUCCAAGGGAAUGGGAAAAAAGAGCACGUCACAGGGUGAAGUGAAAAGUACUCCGCCCAGACCAACAGUCCCAAAGAGGACAGUUCCUGUAGGAGCAGGUGGGGAUGCUUUGAGUAUAAAACGAGAUUCACUUAAGAGAUCAUCAAGUACUGAUGACAUUGAGAGCAAGAAGACUAAAUCCCCGCCUCCUUUGAAGCCACGCCCAAAUGAGCUCAUUCCGCCACCUCAGAGAGGGUAUAAGUCAACGUCAAGCAGUCCUCAGCCAAUGGGGAGGAAGUUCCUUAGGAAAUCGACAGAGAACCUUACCGAGAUUGAUAAUGACACACCCACUACUUCUCGGACUAGCUCUAGUAAGCCUGAUAAACCACAGCCACCUCCAGCUCGUAAACUCACACAAUCCGACACACAGACACGCCCUACACUGGGCGGAGCACGCUCGAAUCAGACUAUUAAACUUGGAGAGUUGGAGAAAUCUCUAUCAAAGAAGCCAUUGCCUGGUAAAAGAGGUGGGCCGAGUCCUCCAUUGAGAAAGAAUACAUCAACAGCAUCCAGUAAUGGGCCCCCCAAACGGCCUCAGACCGGACCUAAUAAAUCAGCACAGGCUAAAAAAGCCCCACCCCCAAGACCAGGCAAUAGUCCCGCCCAGUCUCGUAGGCCCUCACUACCUGGUAGCAGCUCUACUCAGUCUCGUAAAGCUUCCUAUGUAACGAUUGCAGACUAUUCCGGGGAUGAGGGCUCGCUUAGUUUCAGAGAGGGAGAGAAUGUUGAGGUUAUUGAGAAGAAUGAUGAGGGAUGGUGGUACGUGUCCAUUAAAGGUAACGAAGGAUGGAUACCCUCGACUUUCAUUGAGAAAACGACUAACGCACCAGAGAGACCAUUCAAACCUCCACAGCCUAAGCUUGCUGCAAGGAAGUCAAAAUCCAUCCCUAAACUAACAGAGAAUAGCUGUCGUGCCAUUAGUGAUUAUAACCCACCAGUGUAUGAGGAUUCUGGUAUCAGCCUCAAGGAGGGGGAAAUAUAUGAAGUAAUUGAGAGAGCUGAUGGUGGUUGGUGGUAUGUACAAUAUGGAGAUAAAGAGGGCUGGGCACCUUCUUCAUUCUUAGAGCCAGCUAACUAAAGGAGCUAUAACCGACCCUUUAUUGCUUACUGUUGUUUUUAUUUUAUUUUAUUUGCUCAUUCUUUUUAAUAUAAAUUGAUGUACAAGUGCAA